UGGGAGCGACAGCUCGGUCCCCGCCCUGCUCCUUUAAAUACCCGUAACGGGGUCAGUACAGCAGACAGACAGUGGGAUGUGCUGAGCUGCUUCUUUCAGCGUGGGUACUCUAACCGUGUAUCUGGUGUUCGUACUGCGUCAUGGAGCUGGACCGGCGGCUACUGCUGGCGCACUGCACGGCUCACGCUCUCUCGGUAGCGGCGGGCUUGCUGGUGGUGGUCCCGAUGGCUCUGAACGGUUCCGCUUUCAAAGGCCGCUGCGCCCUCUUUUCCAGUGGAUACUGGAGGACGGAUGAGCAGGUGGAGCCGACGGGCACGACGGGAGUCGUGGAUCACCUGGUGGUGCAACAGUGGGGGCCGCCGGCAGCCUGCCAGUUCGCCACUUUUGUGGGCAUUUUCACGGUGCUGUACGGAGCUGCGCAGGGCUGGAGGUGCCUCUUCUAUCUGCAUGGACAACAUGACGACACUCUGUUUUCGUCCUUCCUCACGGUCCUGCUGAGCGUGUGCGUGUUCUUCCUGUCUGGAGGAGCCAGUGUCAUCCUGUCACUAGGACUCAGCUCCUGGUGCGACGUUGUGACAGAAAACGACACACAGCCAUUCAGCUGUGCAGAGUCCCAGUCUGUGCCGCUUUACCUGGACGUGGACACUUCAUCUUUCUUCACAGAGCUCAGUCUGGCGCAGGCGUCGCUGUGGCUUGUGACGGCUCUGUGGCUGGUUCACUCCAUCCUGGCUUUCCUGCGGCUCUACCACUCUCACAGCCAGCACAUCAGCGGGCCCUGUCUGCACCGGGAGAAGGAGAUGCUGCUGGGACACAGUCCAUCAGCCAAAUCACCACAGCCCCCUGCGGAGAGGAGUGAGGCAGAGGAACAAGAUGAAGAUAAAGUCAGACUAGAUAAAUAUGGCUCUCACCUGCACUUCGAGGUGAGUCCUGAUGGAUCCUCUGGCCAGCCGCGGUUCUGGGCUCAAUUCCCCCUGCUGUGGUCAGGCUGCAGGCUCACCCAUGGGGUGCAGCAGGGCAGGGUGGGCUUUGAGGUGAGGCUGGAGAGGAAACUGUUGACUGCACAGCCAGAUGACCAUGAAGUCAGGGAGCCAUAUGGAUUGAGAGUUGGCUGGUCAGUGGCCGUAUCCUCUAUGCUGCUGGGUGAGGAUGAACUCUCUUUUUGUUAUGAUGGACGUGGUAAAAAAGUGUCAGAUAGAAAGGAAGAGAACUUUGGAGAGCCUUUUUCGGAGGGGGAUAUCAUCGGCUGUUAUGCUUCUUUCUCCUCAGAUGGCGCUGUCGAGCUCUCUUUCCAUAAAAACGGUCGUUUUGUAGGAGUGGCCUUUUCCACGGACACCUCGGUGCUACGGGGUCGUGCUCUGUUCCCUCAUGUCCUCUGUAAGAGCUCAAAGUGUCAGGAGACCAAAUGCAACAUCCUCUUCUCUGCACUCCGUCACAAGCUGCGGCUGUUCACAGGCUUCAGGCGUCGGGUGGUGGUGGUGUUUCCCUCAGGCAACGAGUGGAAAAGGCGACUGUCGCAGCACCAGAUGAGAGACGGUGAACACAUCCCAGAGACCGCCCUGCUCAAAUUACAAGUGAGCUGCAGUCUUCCAGAGCAGCAGGAUGACCUCCUGGAGGAGUUGCAGUAUGUCGAGCUGCCACAGGAAAAGGCGCUAAAGCUCCUGCAGGAGUAUAAAGAUGAGGCCCGCAGACUGCUACCCCCCGUCCCCAAACAUGAGAAGACACGGCGACUUUACAGGAAAAGACCCCACCCUCACGGUCCUCCAUCCUCUCACAGGAGCGGCAUGCAGACAUGGAGUCAGCCGCCAAGAUACUGGAGCGUGCCUUAUCAGGAUCAGGGGUAUUACUACAGCGCGUACCAGAACUACUCAUGAGCGAACCUGGAGCAAGAGGACUCGAAUAAUGCUGCUGCAUUACCAGUGAUUACAUAACACCAACACUGCUGAGGUUUUAUUAUAUGGAACUGCACACUCCCUGCUCAAACAUAAUCAGUGUCAUAUUUUAUCUUUUAUGAAAAGACAUGGACACUUUAGGUUUUUAUUCAAAAUAUUUUAAUACAUUUUUACUUGUUCUUGCUGUACAGUGUAUAAAUGAAUUACACAGUACUGAAUUAUGAGUAACCUGUAAAUAAAACCCCAAACUUCAA